UCUCUCUCUCUCUCUCUAAAGGAGGAGCUUCAGUAAAGGUGAAAGAAUCGUUUCAGAGAUCUAAGGGUCUGCACAAGAAUUCUAAUAUUAUUACAAUCAGUCUGCGAUGGAAGAUGAGACUGUAGCAAGCUCAGAGGUACCAGUCACCAAGGUUGUUGAGGAAACUAAGGAGGACAUAAUCCCAGCAGAUCAUAAGGAGGUCAAGAAGGAAGAAGAAGCACCUUUAGAUGGGGAAUUUAUAAAAGUGGAAAAGGAAACCGUAGAAGUAAACGGUGUUGAAUCCCAUACAACAUCUCGAGCAUUGCCUGUUGAAGAUGAAAAACCAUCCAUCAUUGAAAAAAGCAGAGAAGUACUUGAGGCACAGGAGAAAGUAAGUGAACUUGAGAGCGAAUUAGGAAAAUUAACCACAGCCCUCAAACAUUCAGAGUCCGAAAAUACCGAUCUCAAAAACCAAGUCUCAGUCACAAACGAGAAACUUGAGCAACAAGAAAAGAAACAUGAAGAUCUCGAAGCCAGCCAUAAGAAACUACAAGAGGAAUUCAAAGAAGCUGAAGAGAGAUACCAUUCACAGGUUACUACUCUGCAAGAGGAACUUCAAGCUCAAGAGGCUAACCAGAAGGAACUGGUCAAGGUAAAGGAAUCAUUUGAAACCCUAAACAUUGAGCUUGAAAGCUCGAAAAAGAAAAUGCAAGAUCUAGAACAAGAGCUAGGUCGUUCUGCAGAUGAUGCACAAAAAUUCGAAGAGUUGCAUAAACAGAGUGGUUCACAUGCUGAAUUGGAGACUAAAAAAGCAUUGGAGUUUGAACGAUUGCUUCAAUUGGCUCAAGUGAGCGCGAAAGAAAUGGAAGAUCAAAUGGGUUUAAUCCAAGAAGAGCUCAAAGGUUUAUACGCAAAGAUUGCUGAUCAUGAAAAGGUGGAAGAAACACUCAAGAACACAACCGUAGAGCUGUCCGCAGUUCAACAAGAGUUGGAAGUUUCAAAAUCACAAAUUAUAGAAUUUGAACAAAAGAUCUCGUCUCUUGAUAAUCUGCUAUCAUCAACCAAGGAAUCUCUUCAAGCCAAAGAAUCCGAAUUUGAAGAACUCAAACUGAAGCUUCAAGAGGAAGAGAAAGCAAAAGUACUGGUCCAAGAUGAGGUGGCUUCAAUUCAAGAAGAACUCGCGAAACUAACAACCAAAAAGGAAGCUCUUGAUGCAGUUGUGGUUGAUUUGAAAACUGAUUUAGCACAAACUAAAGAUCAUUGUACUGAUCUUGAAGCAAAGUUACAGGUGUCGACCGAAAACAUCACCAAUACAGACUCCCUUUUGUCUCAAGCUUUGGCAGAACGUAAAGAACUGGAACAGAAGAAUCUUGAGCUCGAGGAAUUUGUUCGUGUAUCCAAAGCUGAAACAGAAGAGGCAAAAUCACAGUCAGCUGUCUUGGAACUCAAAGUGAAAGAAACCGAAACAGAACUCCAACAGUUUUCUGCUAAAAUAUCCGAGCUUACCUCAACACUAUUCACUCUGGAAGAAGAAAAGCAUCAACUAAACCAGCAAGUAAAAGAUUUUACAGACAAGGUAGCUCAGCUAGAAUCUGAGUUGACUCAAUCGUCUUCACGUACCACAGAGCUUGAAUCGGAGCUUAAGAAUGUUGUAGAAAAGGCUGCUGAUCAUGAAGGAAGAGCAAACACGAGCCAUCAACGUAGCGUUGAGCUUGAAGAUAUAAUUCAAACGUUGAACAUAAGAGCCGAAAAUUCAGGUAAAAAGGCGAGUGAAUUAGAGUUGUUGCUAGAAGCAGAAAAGUACAGAAUCCAGGAGCUUGAAGAGCAGAUUAGUACACUCGAGAAGAAAUGUAAGGAAACAGAAGAAGGUUCUAAUGUCCAUUCCAAUAAAGUAUCUGAACUCGAAGCAGAACUAGACGCCUUCCGAACAAAAGCAACAGCUCUCGAGGCUGCACUCGAAUCCGUCACUAAAAACGAACAAGAACUAACCGAAUCUCUGAAUUUAACAACCACUGAGAAAAAACAACUGGAAGACACCUUGAGGAAGUUAUCAGAGCAAGUUGCUGAAGCAGAAAACCUAGUUGAAGUACUGAGAAAUGAACUCAAGGUCUCUCAGGAGAAAUUGGAAACAGUCGAAACUGAUCUUGGAUCUAAGCUUAAGUCAGCUGAGGAAAAACUUGAGGAGCAAGAAAGAUCAUUGGGAGAAACAGUUGCGAAUUUCACUAGCAGAGACACAGAGGCGAAAUCGUUACUUGAGAAAUUAAACACUUUUGAAGAACAAUUAAAGACAUACGAAGCACAGUUAGUUGAAGCAAACGAAAGAUCUGCUUCGCUAAAAGACGAAUUAGAUCAGCUUCUACUGAUAGAAGCCAAUACAAAGAGCGAGAACGAAGAUCUCAAAAGAAAGAUUUUGGAAACGGAAGAGAAUGUUACCAAGUCCACCAAUGAGAACGACAUGUUGGUUGCAACCAUUAUUGAGCUCAAAGACAAAGUCAACGAGCUUGAAAUUUCACUAAGUGGGGUACACAGUGAAAAGGAAUCUGCAGCUCAAGCAAUUGAUUCUCAUGUCAAGACUAUUGCCAGUUUAACCGAACAGCAUUCUAAAGCCACUGAGCUUGCAGAUCUGAAACUUACUCAAGAACUUGCUGCUUACAAGGCCAAAUUGAAUGAUCUGCAGACAAGUUUGACUGCAGCUUUGACUGAAAAAGACGAGACAUUCAGUCACCUCCAUAUCUCCAAAAAAGAAAUUGAAGAUUUAAAAGAAAAGUUCACUUCUGAAGGGCAGAAGCUCCAGUCUCAGAUAUCGUCAUUGAUGGAAGAGAACAACAUACUGAAUGAAACACAUCAAAACGCUAAAAAGGAGCUUCAGACGUAUAUCACUACACUCGAAGAGCAAGUGAAAGAACAUGCAUCUAAUGAAACGUCUGUAAAAGCUGAGCUUGAAAGUCUCAAGGCACAGAUCGAAGAGAAUGCUAAAUUAUACGACAAUUUAAAGAAUCUUGAAGAGAAACUAGCAGCAUCCCAAAAGACCAUUGACCAACAGGAGUCGGAAAGAGUUGCGGCUUUGAAGGAGGUUGAAGCAAAGAAGGCAGCAAUUUCAGAUUUGGAGAAACAAAUCAAAGACUUGCAGGCAGCCAACGCUAAAGCCAAAGAACAGGUUACUGAUAACUCAAGUGAGAUAAAAUCAAGGGACUUAGGAGCAACAAUGACAACACCAUCAAAGCGCAAGAGCAAGAAAAAUGUGGAAUCAAGCACUGUACAGAAUAAUCAAGCAUCAGCCUCAUCAAACACAGUACAAAAUCAAGCAACUGCUCAUGAUUCUUUUGGCACAAGUGUUAAGUUCAUCGUGGGAGUAGCAUUGGUUUCGGUGAUUAUUGGUAUAGUUCUUGGUAAACGAUAUUAGUUAAUUUGUGGUUGGUUUUCAAUUAUAUUUUCAAUGGCUUUCUUUCUUUUUUUUUUGGUGGAAAAAAGUUCUUUUUAUUUUUGGGUUUCUUUGGGUAGGAAGGGGGUUUGAUUGGUUUGGUGUUUUUGUCUAAGAACAUGUGAUUUGGUUUUGAUACCCCCUGACCUGCAUCAGCUUAAAUUUUUGUGAUAUUGAUGCUUCAUUUCCAGUUGUAAAAAUGAUAUGGUUUGUAAUUGCUUGUCAAGUCUCUCUAUGAAAUCUUAUUAUAUGUUUGGGCAAAUUGCUUGUAAUAGCAACCGACUUUUCAAAUUUUAUCCAUUUUAGGCAAC